AUGACACAAGCUUUGUUCAAGGCAUCAGAGUAUGCAAGUGUAGCAAGUACUACUUUAAGAAAUACCGUGUUGUUUAAUAUUGUUCAUAUUGAGAAUAUAUCCAAAUCCAAAUUAAAUCAAAUUGAAGAUUGGAAAGAAUAUUAUGAUCCUAAUCGAGUGUCAGUUGAUCGAUUAAAGAAUACCAAUCAAAAGAUAAUUCGAGAGAUAAAGGAUGAUGAUAAUGAAUUUACAGAAUCAAGAAAUAUCAAUAACAAUAAUGUCAUAUAUAAGCUUUUAUUACGAGAUCGUGGUGAUAACUUUGCUUACGCGUAUGAACAAGAACCUUUAGGAUUUCUUAGACAUGGUAGCCCCCAAGCCCAAAAUACAAACACUCCACUUGCUAUUCAACUUGGUGGACGAUUGUUGGUUAAGCAAGGUGCUACGGUUCAACGAGGAGUGAUAUUCCUUACACAUAAUAGUUGCAAUUAUCUAGGUAUUCAUACUGAUGAUCGAGAAUUGGUAGAUACAUUGAACGACGGUCUUGCUAAAAAAGAGAUUGAUAUACUACAGAAACAGCUUGGCAGUGUCUAA